UAAAAAUGCAUCCCCUGGAACUGCCCAUGGAGAAGCAGGGGACGGAGACGCCGCAGCCAGAGGAGCUGGUAAAAGCGGAGGAGGACGCCCAGGAGGCGGCGGCGGCGGCCGGGAAGUGAAAGGUCUCGCAAAGUUCAGCGGCUGCUGCGGGCGCCGAGCCCCGGGCUAGCCGCGGAGGAGCCCGCGGACUGCUCCGCUGGGCAGCGCGGCCGGGCAGGCUAUGGUCCCGGGGCUUCUUCCGCCCCCGAGGUGCCCGGGCCCCUCCAGGCCGGUGCGCGAGGGUCAUCCCACCUCCCGGCGCGGCCCCAGCCCGCGGCUUCCCGGCGCCCGCGCCCACUGACCGAGCCAGGCGCCCCAGGAGGAGGAAGAAAUAAAGAGCUGUGGUUCCUCCCGAGGACUUGUUGGCGCUUCAUCCCACAGCCGCGAGGGCUCGACUCCCUCCCGCGCGCCCGGCCCGGGUCCUCCCGGCUUCUCCCGGCCAUGGGGAGCUGCGCGCGGCUGCUGCUGUUCUGGGGCUGCUCCGCGGUGGCCGCAGGACUGAGUGGAGUGGCUGGAGUAAGUUCCCGCUGUGAAAAAGCCUGUAACCCUCGGAUGGGAAAUCUGGCUUUAGGGAGAAGACUCUGGACAGACACCACCUGUGGUCAGAACGCCACUGAACUGUACUGCUUCUUCAGCGAGAACACUGAUCUGACUUGUCAGCAGCCCACAUGUGACAAAUGCAACGCUGCCCAGCCUCACCUGGCUCACCAGCCAGCUGCCAUGGCAGACUCCUCCUUCAGGCAUCCUCGCACGUGGUGGCAGUCUGCUGAGGACGUACACAGAGAAAAGAUCCAGCUAGACCUGGAAGCCGAAUUCUACUUCACUCAUCUAAUUAUGGUGUUCAGGUCUCCUCGGCCGGCAGCCAUGGUGCUGGACCGGUCCCAGGACUUUGGAAAGACAUGGAAGCCUUACAAGUACUUUGCGACGAACUGCUCGGCUACAUUUGGCCUGGAAGACGAUGUUGUCAAGAAGGGAGCUAUUUGCACUUCCAGAUACUCCAAUCCUUUUCCCUGCACUGGAGGAGAGGUUAUUUUCAGAGCUUUGUCACCACCGAAUGAUGAAAACCCUUACAGUGCCAAGGUGCAGGAGCAGCUGAAGAUCACCAACCUCCGUGUGCAGCUGCUGAAACGACAGUCUUGUCCCUGUCAGAGAAACCACCUGAAUGCAAAGCCUCAGCAUUUUACACACUAUGCAGUCUAUGAUUUCAUUGUUAAGGGCAGCUGCUUCUGUAACGGCCAUGCUGACCAGUGCAUACCUGUUGAUGGCUUCAGACCCGUCAAGGCCCCUGGCGCAUUCCACGUGGUCCAUGGAAAGUGUAUGUGUAAGCACAACACAGCAGGCACCCACUGCCAACACUGUGCACCUUUAUAUAACGACCGCCCCUGGGAGGCAGCUGAUGGAAAAACAGGGUCUCCAAAUGAGUGCAGAACCUGCAAGUGCAAUGGGCAUGCUGACGCCUGUCACUUUGACAUUAGUGUGUGGGAGGCGUCAGGGAAUCGUAGUGGUGGUGUCUGCAAUGACUGUCAACACAACACAGAAGGUCAGCACUGCCAGCGGUGUAAGCCGGGCUUCUACCGGGACCUCCGAAGACCUUUCUCUGCCCCCGAUGCUUGCAAAUUGUGUUCCUGUCAUCCAGUUGGAUCAGCUGUCCUUCCUUUCAGCUCGGUGACCUUCUGUGACCCCAGCAAUGGUGACUGCCCUUGCAAGCCUGGGGUGGCAGGGCCACAUUGUGAGAGGUGCAUGGUGGGGUACUGGGGCUUCGGAGACUACGGCUGCCGGCCUUGUGACUGUGCGGGGAGCUGCGACCCUCAUACAGGAGACUGCCUCAGCAGCAGUACAGACAUAGACUGGUAUCAUGAAGUUCCUGACUUCCAUUCCAUGCACAAUGAGAGUGAGCCAACCUGGGAGUGGAAGGAUGAGCAAGGAUUUUCUGCACUUCGACAUUCAGGUAAAUGUGAAUGUAAGGAACAGGUGUUAGGAAACUCCAAGGCAUUCUGUGGAAUGAAAUAUUCAUAUGUGCUAAAAAUAAAGAUCUUAUCAGCUCAUGAUAAAGGAUCUCAUGCUGAGGUCAACGUGAAGAUUAAAAAAGUCUUAAAAUCCACCAAACUGAAAAUUUUACGAGGAAAGCGAACACUGUAUCCAGAAUCAUGGACUAACAGAGGCUGCACUUGUCCAAUCCUCAAUCCUGGUUUGGAGUACCUUGUAGCAGGACACGAGGAUGUAAGAACAGGCAAACUAGUCGUGAAUAUGAAAAGUUUUGUCCAGCACUGGAAACCAUCUCUUGGAAGAAAAGUCAUGGAUAUUUUGAAAAGAGAGUGCAAGCAACAGUAAAGGAUGCUGAAUAUAGUCCCCUGUGGCAAUACAAUAGAACUUUGUUGUUAUCCAUUCUAUACGUGAGAGUUUUCAUCUGCUAGUCCCCAGACUUCAGCUCCGACCCUUCCUCACUCCACCCUCCUUGGCAACCACAAGUCUGCUUUCUAUGUCUGUGAGUGUUUCUGUUCUGUAGAUAAGGUCAUUUGUGUGAUAUUUUAGAUUCCACAUGCUGUUUCUUUUGGAUUGCAGUUGAAGGAAGAGCACUAAAGUUCAGCAUUUCUCCCAGUUUUCCUUCUCUACCCUCCAAAUUAUAAUGUAUCCCAUUAUUUGUGAAUACAUAAUUUUCUUUCUCAUUAUUACAUUGCCAUUAGCAUAAAACUGUUUACCAUUGUUUACACUAAGAUGAAACAAUGAGUCCAUUUUUAUCUUUGCUCUUUUCCUCUUGGUUUGAUUUUCUGAGAUCUAUUUCGGUAUAAGGUCCACUUUUGCAUUUAUCAGUAAUGACCCUGAAUAAGUUACUAUGCAGUUUAACAGAAUUUCAAUUAGUUCUCUUGGCUUUAAAUUUUGCUAUGUAAGCAAUUCUGCUUGCAAGAUGAAUGAGAAGGAAUUACACCAGAGAGACAAGGAAACAGAAGAAAAUAAUGUAGGCACUAUGUUGACCAAGGAGAGAGAGCAAAAGGUAAGAACAAGGGGUAAAGAUACUAGAGAAAAAAAGGAAAGUGACAACUGGAAAAGAAACCAGGUGGUCUGUUCUAGUCAGAAUAUGCAAAAUAUUUCAAAGUAGAACAUAAUCAAUUCUUCCAUUGCUAGAUACCAUGAUCUAGGUGAGAUUGUUCCAAACAUUUAUUACAAAAUAUUCCAUCCAACUCUUUCACUAUUAGGUAUGUUUGAGGAGUCAGAAAAUCUAAAGAAGAUACAGCAACAGAAAAACCUUAGGGAACAAUAAUUAGGAAACCAAUUGGUUUUACCAUAUAUUGCAAUAGAAUUUUGAAAUUAUCUUUUACAAAGUACAUGGUCAUCAAAAUAUUUAAUACCUAAGUAUUAGUCCUGCCUGAGUCUUUUCCAAUAAAUAUACUCAUCUUAAUAAUGAUAUCACUUUUACCCUUAUUAAGUGCCAAAUGCUGUGCUAAAGUAUACAACUUAGCUCCUCGGACCUCAGUUAAAAAUCUUGUGAAGUUGGUAUUCUUAUUAGGCAGAAACUGAGGGCUAGACGGUUGUUUGUCCAAGGUCACCAAACAAGCAAGCAGCUGAGGUGGGAUGUGAACCCUGACCUACCUACCUUUAGAACCCAUAUUUUUAACCUCUAUAAUCUACUGAAACCUCCAAUUCUCUGAAACCAAUAAUUCUCAAAUAAUGUGCAUAAGAAUCAACAGACAUAUUUGUUAAAAUGCAGAGUCCCAGACCCCAUCUCAGAACAUCUAUUUCAGAGACUCUGGGUGGGAACCGGGGAGAGACAAUUAAAUCUGUGUGGUGAUUCAGAUACAACUGCCCUAGACACUUUUACAGAAUAGUCUCAACAAGGUCAGCAUGAUCAUUAGUUCUGCUUCUACAAAUGUUAUGUCCCUCUGGUCAUAAAUCCACUUGGCCUUCAUCAUGAAUAUUAUUUUAUGAAUAACCAAAUCAUUAGUCCUGUUAUGGUUAUCCAAGAACUAAGAUUGUGAGAAGGGGGCGGCAGAGGAUGAGAUGGUUGGAUGGCGUCACUGACUCAGUGGACAUGAGUUUGCACAGAUUCAGGGAGAUCGUGAAGGACAGGGAAGCCUGGUGUGCUGCAGUCCAGGGGGUUGCACUAAACAACAAAGACAGUGGAAAGGGAGGUGAAAGCAGAUUCCUCCAACUAUCAUGUACCCUACUUCUUAACCUGGCCUGAAACAGAGCUGUGAAGUAUUUGAAUUUGUCUUCGCUAUCUUAGCUCCUUGGUCCAUUUGGGCAACCUUCUCCCAAGCACGUAUUGCCGUCAUGCUGCUCAGGGUCUACAUGAAGAUGCUGCAUGAAAGUCUGAACUCCCAGCUUUCCCUCCAGCCUUAACCAGUAUACUGUACCUACCUGUCAAGGUGCUGCUCUUUACUGAGAGACUCAUAAACGGAUAAGGUAAAAGAAGCCAUCGUGAUGUGACACCUUCCCAUUUUCUCACUCUCUUCUUUCUCCCGAACACAAUGUUUUAUUGACCCAAAUAAACCAUGCGUGUCUGCAGAAAACUUUUAAUGGGU